ACUCCGCCACAGAGCGGAGACACCGCGCGCACAGGACGGCGCAACUCCCCGCAGCAUCCACGACGACACACCCCACGCGGGAUUGGACUUUUUUUUUCUUCUUCCCCUUUUAACCGCCCCCCCCCCCACCCCUCUCCCCUCCACUUCAUUCCACUGCUGCAAUCAAUGAAGGAGAGACGAUCGUGCCAGAAUCUAUCUCUGAAGUCCGGCAUGGAUCCCAGUCAGAGUGUGAAGUGUAAGAUCGUGGUGGUGGGGGACAGCCAGUGCGGGAAGACCGCCCUGCUUCACGUGUUCGCCAAGGACUGUUUCCCCGAGAGCUACGUCCCCACCGUGUUCGAAAACUACACGGCCAGCUUCGAAAUCGACACGCAGAGGAUUGAGCUCAGUUUGUGGGACACCUCAGGAUCUCCGUACUACGACAACGUGAGGCCGCUCUCCUACCCGGACUCGGACGCUGUGCUCAUCUGUUUCGACAUCAGCCGCCCUGAGACACUCGACAGCGUGCUGAAAAAGUGGAAAGGGGAGAUCCAGGAGUUUUGUCCCAACACCAAGAUGCUGCUGGUCGGAUGCAAGUCGGACCUGCGCACCGACCUGAACACGCUGGUGGAGCUCUCGACCCACCGGCAGACGCCGGUCUCUUACGACCAGGGGUCCAGCAUGGCCAAGCAGAUCUCGGCGCCCUACAUCGAGUGCUCGGCCCAGCAGUCGGAGAACAGCGUCAGGGACAUCUUCCACGUGGCCACGCUGGCCUGCAUCAACAAGAGCAACAAGCACGUCAAGCGCAGCAAGGCGCCCCGCGGCAACAAGAGGAUUUCACACAUGCCCGGCCGGCCCGAUUUGGCGGCCGUGGCCUCGGACCUGCGGAAGGACAAGGCCAAAAGUUGCUCGGUCAUGUGACUGAUCGGACCGAGGGGGCGUCGGACUGAGGAAAGGGGGACGGGGCGCAGCGCGAGCAGGAGGCCGUGGGGCGGCGCUCUUUCCCGCAUGCCGAAGGCCGCUCGCUUGUCCCGAGAGGGGUUUUGUGAGCUUCGACUCAUGCGCUUGGAACGCUCCGCACCAGUGAAGGCAUCCCCCCCCCACCCACAUUGCCCCGACCGCCACCCCCCCACGCCACCCCCCCACGCCCCGCCUCACCCCACCAGACAAUGAAGCUACCCUUCAGCAGGCCUCGUGCUCGGGAAGUGACCCGCUUCCUCCCGGGACGCAGGCAGGAAAUGAGCAGGCGGAGUGAUGUCACGAGGAGACGCUCACCUGUGAACGGAAGAGGGGCCGAAGAGCAUGUGAUCAUAUGAAGGAGAGCCAAAGGUGGCGAUUGUGAAGUGCGUGUGUGUGUGUGUGAGGGGGGUGGUUUCUGCCGUUUGUGCCAGAUCAAAGACCCUUUUCUCAGAGACUUAGUAUGGACCCGAUUCACUGUCCCCCCACCUGGUUCCCCCUUCUUUGUUCCCAUGACUGUUAAGACACAAGAAGAGGAAUUUCUCAGUGCUGCACGAAGGAAACCUGAAGCCGCGUCCCCUGUCUGUUGAUAUUCCGUCGGUAUAACGUGAGGUCAUCGGUGUGGAACCGCACCACUGUUUUGUUUAAGCUCCGCCCUGUCGAGUUCCCGCCCCGCUGAGCGAUUUCUUGAGCUAGCAGCCCCCGCACGUUUGUAGCAGCGGUCGGACCGCCAUUCAUUUCCCGUCUGACCGGCACACAAAGACCUGUUAUCCAAACUGCUCUCCACGCGGACCGUUUCAUGGACUCCUUUUGUAUCGUACCGGGGGAGCCGCGAGCCGCUCCCUGGGUCCAAACGAAUGCGGUUUAAUAACUGUGAUUGCACCUCGAAAUACCCUUUUAAUGGAGCCCUAACGGGUCAGACAGCUUUAGUCAAAGUGCAAAUGUGUCUAAUUGUGUACUGAGUCUGACGGCCGGUGUGAACCGAGUCACUUUGCCACGGGGAGGGAGCCUAUGUGCAAGCGACAAUUAAAGUGUUUUUGGAAGCCGAAAACAUCGGAGCAUCCGCAGUGUAAAUUUGUGUUAAAUUUGUGGGGGGUUUUUAAAUUAAGGAUCUGUUUAAAUAUCAAACGUAUUGAUGCACUUUCAAUGUAACUUCCCUGAUAUCUCAAAUGCCCGUGCUGUAACAUUCGGCUCCUCAGCGGCCCAUCUUGAAUUUUUUUAAUCUGUUCCCCAGUGUGCAUUGUCAUGUUUUCUUGAAUGUUGAUGUCGCCUUCAGUUGUCUUUGCCAAUGUUGUCUCCGCAGUAUUUAUUGAAUUAUAUAUUUUCCCUUUAGAAUAAAUGCAAAUCAAGUUGAAGAAAAAUGCGUUUGCUGUUUAUUUGGGAAGUAACACGAUGUUAAAUGAAAUGAAUGGUUUGAUUUGAACCGUAACGACUGUUGAAAUCCAGAUGAAAAGUAGUAGACUCUAAUAUUCUAUUGAUUGGUCUUGCUCUCAGCAAAAAAUCUGGUUUAUCUGAUUUAUCAAUGAAAUGUGUCAGUCAUCGCAAUGUUACAGGGUGUGUUGUACGUUUAAAAUGUCUUAAAUGGUUAUAACAUUGACAGUCAUGAUAUCCAAUCAAUUUUCUACUUCACAUUAAAUGCACAUA